GCUAGGCCGUUCCCGGCGUGCAGUGCGGGAGGCUGAGACUGUACCGGGGUGCGGGGGAACCGCCUCGAGGCGGGAGGCGCGGCGGCCGAGGCGUGUCUGCACUGGUCGCCUGAACAAGGCGGACCAUGACUGUGCCUUCGGUGGCGUCUCUCGCCGGACCGCUCUUCCCGAGGUUUCUCUAAGCCAUUCCCUGGUGGAACCGCUCUCAGAUUUUGUCCACAGGUGCUUGUGGAAAACAUGGCUGAUAUUAACCUCAAAGAAGUAACCUUAAUAAUAGGCGUAGUUGCUGCUUGCUAUUGGAACAGCCUCUUUUGUGGUUUUGUUUUUGAUGAUGUGUCAGCAAUACUGGAUAAUAAAGACGUGCAUCCAUCUACACCUUUAAAAACUUUAUUUCAGAAUGAUUUCUGGGGAACCCCUAUGUCUGAAGAGAGAAGCCACAAGUCUUACCGUCCCUUAACAGUAUUGACAUUUCGCUUAAAUUAUUGGUUUAGUGAACUGAAACCUAUGUCAUAUCAUCUCCUAAAUAUGAUUUUUCAUGCUGUGGUUAGUGUGAUAUUUCUUAAAGUCUGCAAACUCUUUCUGGAUAACCGGAGUAGUGUGAUUGCUUCUUUACUUUUUGCAGUGCACCCAAUACACACAGAAGCAGUAACAGGUGUUGUAGGAAGAGCAGAACUUUUGUCAUCUAUCUUUUUUCUAGCUGCAUUUUUGUCAUUUACCAAAUCAAAAGGACCAGAUAAUUCCAUAGUGUGGACUCCUAUCGCGUUGACAGUGUUUUUAGUGGCUGUUGCAACACUGUGUAAAGAGCAGGGAAUAACAGUUGUGGGAAUUUGCUGUGUGUAUGAAGUAUUUAUUGCCCAGGGGUAUACUUUGCCAUUAUUAUGUACUACUGCUGGACAGUUUCUUCGCGGAAAGGGUAGUAUUCCAUUUUCUAUGCUGCAGACACUAAUAAAACUCAUUGCUUUGAUGUUCAGUACACUAUUACUUGUUGUGAUUAGAGUCCAGGUUAUUCAAUCCCAACUUCCAGUAUUCACCAGGUUUGAUAACCCGGCUGCUGUAAGCCCAACUCCUACAAGGCAGCUAACUUUUAACUACCUCCUUCCUGUGAAUGCUUGGCUUUUGUUAAAUCCUUCAGAGCUCUGCUGCGAUUGGACCAUGGGAACAAUACCACUUAUAGAGUCAUUUCUAGAUAUUCGAAAUCUUGCCACAUUUAUUUUUUUUUGCUUUUUGGGGGCUUUGGGAGUAUUCGGUGUCAGGUACCCUGGUAAUUCCUCCAAGACUGUUUUAAUGGCACUUUGUUUAAUGGCAUUACCGUUUAUUCCUGCAUCAAACCUUUUUUUCCCAGUUGGAUUUGUUGUUGCUGAGAGAGUAUUAUAUGUUCCUAGCAUGGGAUUCUGUAUUUUGGUAGCCCAUGGAUGGCAGAAAAUAUCAAACAAAAGUGUAUUAAAAAAGUUAUCCUGGGUUUGUCUGUCUAUGGUGAUACUCACUCAUGCCUUAAAAACACUCCAUAGAAAUUGGGAUUGGGAGUCUGAAUAUACGCUGUUUAUGUCAGCCUUGAAGGUAAAUAAAAAUAAUGCCAAAUUAUGGAAUAAUGUGGGUCAUGCUCUGGAAAAUGAAAAGAACUUUGAGAGAGCUUUGAAAUACUUCUUACAGGCUACCCAUGUUCAGCCAGAUGAUAUUGGUGCCCACAUGAAUGUAGGAAGAACUUAUAAAAAUUUAAAUAGAACCAAAGCAGCUGAAGAAUCUUAUAUGACGGCUAAGUCGCUGAUGCCUCAAAUUAUUCCUGGUAAAAAAUAUGCAGCCAGAAUUGCACCUAACCACUUAAAUGUUUACAUUAAUCUGGCCAACCUGAUACGAGCAAAUGAGUCCCGACUGGAAGAAGCGGAUCAGCUGUACCGACAAGCAAUAAGCAUGAGACCCGACUUCAAGCAGGCUUACAUUAGCAGAGGAGAAUUGCUUUUAAAAAUGAAUAAACCUGUCAAAGCAAAAGAAGCAUAUCUUAAAGCACUAGAGCUGGACAAAAACAAUGCAGAUCUUUGGUACAACUUGGCGAUUGUUCAUAUUGAACUUAAAGAACCAAACGAAGCCCUAAAAAACUUUAAUCAUGCUUUAGAACUAAAUCCAAAGCAUAAGCUAGCAUUAUUCAAUUCUGCUAUAUUAAUGCAAGAAUCAGGUGAGGUUAAACUCAGACCUGAAGCUAGAAAACGACUUCUAAGCUAUGUAAAUGAGGAGCCACUAGAUGCUAAUGGUUAUUUCAAUCUAGGAAUGCUUGCCAUGGAUGACAAAAAGGACACUGAAGCAGAGAUGUGGAUGAAGAAAGCCAUAAAAUUACAAGCCGAUUUCAGAAGUGCUCUGUUUAAUCUGGCUCUCUUGUAUUCCCAGACUGCAAAGGAAUUAAUGGCUUUGCCAAUCUUGGAAGAGUUACUCAGAUACCAUCCUGAUCAUAUCAAAGGUCUCAUUUUAAAAGGAGACAUUCUGAUGAAUCAAAAGAAAGAUAUACUUGGAGCAAAAAAAUGUUUUGAAAAGAUUUUGGAGAUGGAUCCAAGCAAUGUGCAAGGAAAACACAAUCUUUGUGUUGUUUAUUUUGAAGAGAAGGACUUAUUAAAAGCUGAAAGAUGCCUGGUUGAAACAUUGGCAUUAGCACCACAUGAAGAAUAUAUUCAACGCCAUUUGAGUAUAGUCAGGGAUAAAAUUUCUUCAUCUAGUUUUGUAGAACAGCCAGUAUUCCCAGCUGGUAAGACUUCAGGUAUAGAAGGAGACAAAAUUCCAACUGAAAAUGAAAAAGAAAUCAAAAGUAAACCCAGACCCACACAGAUAAUAAAAACAAGUGAUAAUAAAAGUCAGUUGAAAUCCAACAAACAGUUAGGAAAAAAUACAGACAAAGAAACACCCCACAAAACAACAAAAGAAAUCAAAGAAAUUGAGAAGAAAAGAGUUGCUGCUUUAAAAAGACUAGAAGAGAUUGAACGUAUUUUAAAUGGUGAAUAGCAUUACCCUUUAUCACGUGACAGUGGUUUCAAAGAACUUCAGUCUAUAUCAUGUGAUUACUUAUACUGAGAGCUUUGAAAAUUAGCAAGGAUACUAGCAGUCUAUCAUAAGCUGCCUCUACAUAGGAUCAAAAUAAGAUUUUCAUUAAAGACCCUUUCAUUACCCCAGGGUAUGUAUUAUAUAUGACAGUAGUUUUUAGAGUUUUGGUGACUAUAGCAGAAAUUACAGGUGGCAAAUUUGUAUCUUUUCUCAUAGAAGGAAGAUUCUUUCAGCAGAAUAAUAUUGAUUACCCUCAGUUAAAAACAAUCUGAGGCCUGAAUGGUAAUCCCAUGGGGGCAAAUCCAACAUGUGCUGGUUUAUUCUGUGAAUUCAUAUUUAUUAGCUAACUUCAUUUUUCCUUUAACUAUUGGAAUUUGACUAUGGAUUUGAAAACAUUUAUUGAACAUUCUUUUUCUUCAGUAACCUUCUAUUUCUAAGGGACUUUGCACUACAAAAGAAUACUGGCUGGCUUUCUUUAUGUUGUAUUCUUUUUUUGAUUUUUACAAGGAACGCCAGAUUAAACAUUUUAAAAUAAGUCAUAUGACAUGUUAGCUUAAGAAUGUAUUUUCAUAACUGUGUGCCUGUCCUUAACUUCACUCUAAAUGGCAAUUUUUAAUCAGGUAAAGUUUUAAAUACAUAUACGCACACACAUUUCUGAUGGUGCUCAUAUAUACUGUAUUUUCAUUUUUUUACGUACUGAGGGUUUCACAGCAUGAACCACAUAAUCAUGACUCUUUGACUUUUAUUUCCCAAACUAUUCCUGUUUAUUAGGGUCGUAGUCAUAUUGAGAAGUCCCAGUAACUAUAACUUGAUUAAACUUUUGAGCUAAAACAUAGUAAGUUUCUCUUUCAUCUUAGUGUUAUCUUUCUAGUGUUACUUGAAUUUUAAUUUUGUUUCCAAAAACAUACCUUAAUUAUUCUUAGAUGCCUUAGAUACCUAAAUUGAGUCCUGUUUAACUGAAGGCAAAACAAUGUGACAAAGUUUAUUUUUAAACACUAAGUUCUUGAUAUCUUAUGGUGUAUAUUUUUAUUAAAUAUUUAUUUUGACUGCUGAGCUUCCACAAAAAAUUUAACGCUGUUUUAAGUCCAUCAAGUAUGGAAAAUAAAUUGCUAUUGCAUUUUUCUAUACAUGCAUAUAUUAUGGUUUAACCAAAAUUUCAUCAUUUUUGGCCUGUUGUCCAGCUAGAAAAAAGAUAAUUAGCCUAGUAUAUGAUUAAUAAAUUAGUCAGUUGGUUUUAGCAAAUUUAAACCUGAAAAAUGUUAGUU